AUGGAGUUAUCAUGUAACACUAACGUUGAUCAACUGCAGGUGUACAAGAAAGCUGGACUCGCCCCAAACGCAGACACGGAACCCGCCGAAGCCACAGCUACAACUGCACCCACUGCAACAACUGCAACAGCUGCAACAGCCACCAAACGCCUCUCUUCGGGCUCAGCGGCAAAUUCAAAACCAGCUAAAAAAGCCAAGAAGGGUGGCGAAUCCGAUGCGGAAGACAUCGAUGAUGUUACUAAGAUAGCUGGUGUGGAUAUGGAGGAGGAAGAGAAUGCCAUCCUAGAUGACCUGCAAGGCGACGAUGAGGAGACUGAAGAUCAAGAAGAGCAGCAGUUCUGCAACUUCAUGGAACUCAAAUACCGCAUAGCCACUGUGGCCCGUAAGAAUGGUCUGCGCAAUGUGGCUGUGGAGGCGUGCCAGUACUUAGCCUUCUCUAUGCAGCAACAGCUGCGGGAUAUGCUGGAGAAUGUCGUGCGCAACAGUCACCAUCGAGCGGGUGUGUAUCGCCCACAUCUGAAGAGCACACAUGACACGUACGACCCAAAUCCGCAACUGCGAAUGCAACAAAGACUGUUCGCAGGUCGAGUGCUCCCGAGGACCAGUGGCGACGCAGCCUCCGAACGGACAGGUGACAAAGGCAGCCCACAGCAACACAGCCGAGCCAGUGCAAACGCACACGCAGGCGAUAGUAACACACCACUCAGCACAGCACACGCAGGCGAUAGUAACACACCACUCAGCACAGCAAACAAUAGCACCAGCGCAGCCGACGACGAAUCCACAGGCAAGGACAAUACCUCUGCGCAUACAAAUACAAACGCGAACGCAAAUGCAAAUGCAAAUGCAAAUACGAAUACGAAUACGAAUUUAAACACAAACACAAAGGCACAAACUGUCACCAACACACACGACGAUACAAGUGCCACGGGAGACCCUCAGCACAAUGCAACCACUGCCACUGCAAGUGCCAAUGACAACCCUGUCGUCCCUACGCGCACGAUCAAACUGUGUGAUCUGUUGGAGUACAUGGAAAGCAAUGCGGCACUGCGCAGCUCUAAGCUGUUGUACGCGUCGUAUCUGAAACGCCUGGACGAAAGUUCGGAACAUAUUACAGCCGAACUAACGGCGACUGCUCAAUCGGAGAAGUUAUGAGAGCCUGUGACUGGCGUACACGUGUAUAGCCACAACUGUGGGUUAAACCCUACACCCUAAACCC